AUGUAUGUUAUUAAACAUGAAAUAAUUUAUAUAAGUCGCCUUCAGACAGACUUCAUUCUAACGGCGGAUCUCUUAGGUUCGGGUGCUUUUGGGGCUGAUUAUGCUGUCAAAAAAGUGCUUAUUGAUGAUUUUGAUGAAGAUAACAAAAACCGAGUUCUGAAAGAAGUGAAAACAUUGGCAAAACUUGACUCACAUUUUGUGGUCAAAUACUAUUACUCGUGGAUUGAAGAGAAACAUUUGUACAUUCAGAUGGAGUACUGCUCGCAAACACUCGGGUCUGUGCUUAAAGAUAAACAACAAGUGUUUGGCAGACAAUCGGCAAAAGCGAUGAAUAUUUUCGAUCAUAAUACAUUCAUGAAAUUGGGUGACUUUGGUUUGGCUAUUGAACACGACAGGCCUUCCCAAAGCCACACACAGUGUGUGGGAACACCACAAUACAUGGCACCCGAUGUGGGGCUAUCUAAAAAGUACGAUAUUAAAAAAAAAGAGAUCACAAUAGUAUUGUUGGGAGAGUCAGGUGUGGGAAAGUCCACAUUCAUUAACGCGUUGGUCAACUAUUUGUCGUAUGAAAGUCUUGAACUGGCCAAUGGUCAGCCCAUAUGUUUAAUCCCUAUUCAUUUUACAUUAACUGAUCCAAAAACAUGGACACCUGUGAAAGUAACACUUGGGGAACACAAUAUAAAUGAAAACACUGAUGAUCCAACUAAAUCUGCUACACAAUACCCCAAGUGCUAUAAAUUUGAAGACAAUAAUAUUGUGCUCAAUAUUAUUGAUACGCCGGGAAUUGGAGACACGGAUGGUGUGGAUAGAGAUAAUAGAAAUAUGCAAAAUAUAUUGGAUUUUAUAAGUAAUUAUCGGGAAAUCAAUGCGUUUUGCGUACUUUUAAAGCCCAAUGAAGCCAGACUUGAUGUUCUCUUCAACAUCGCAAAUAAUAUAUUAUUCCUAUUCACAAACUCCCGGAGCACUCAUUUCAUGCCCGGAGAUUCCGGACCCGCAUUAAAGGAUAUUCUGCAGCAAACAAGAAAUGGACAGUUAAAUAUUAAAAUCCCGUAUGACGAGAAUACAAUCUAUUGUUUCGAUUCCGAGUCCUUUCGAUAUCUCGUGGCUUCGGUUCCGCCAAAUAAUAUUGAAUUUGACCCGAGAUUUAAAUCAAAUUAUAUUGAAAGUUGGAACAGAUCUGCAGAUGAAUGCCGGCGUGUAUUUGCUUACAUCACAAAACUCACACCACACAAAGUGAUGGACACACUAUCACUCAAUAACGCCAAACAAAUCAUACAAUUACUGACCAAACCGUUGGCCGACAUCACGAAGAAUAUCAUCGAUAAUAUUAAACAAUGCGAAUCAUAUAAACAACAGAUUAUAGCCGAGCCGAGAAUUGCUACUAACCAAAACAACCAGGCCAUUGAAUUACAAUACAUACGAUUAGCCAAACCCAGAACAACUAAGACUGUACUCAAGACAAUGCCCGUCGAUGACAAUAACACUCGGGUUAAAUCAAUUACAACUGAAAGUGCGGACACAAUGAUCCAACAUCUUAACCGUCGGAUCGCUGAAUUGGCUGCCGAAAGAGAGACAAUCAUUAACUCUAUGGCAAUGUUUGCCUGUUUUCUGGCCAACAAUACGUUGACAGCAUUUCCCGACGCUUUCGAUGACUAUAUCCGAUACUUAAUGGUCAGUCAAGCGGACGGUACGGACGCCAACAGUCCCCCAACAAUAGACCGGUUCGAACAGUUAUUAAAUAGUUAUCGUCAUAAAAAACAGACGAUUAUCGAUAACCUGCCGGACGAGGCUGUCAUCACACCGACCAACGUUUAUCAGAACGGGUAA